GUAGAUCGCAGUACCUACUGCUCGGAAGGUAGAUAUCUAACUGCUGCCGUUGCCGCCUUCUAGCUGGGGUAAUUAGAAACCGUGCGGAUUAUUUAGUUGCAGUUCUCGAUUCACAUUGAUUGGCGGUGGUUUUUGCAGUCGCGAAAGUUCAUAAGGCAUCGGUACCCCGUUAGAAAAAGUUCCUUCUACAAAGAAGCCUUAGUGUGUGAUGUGAAAGAUUGCCAGCAGACAUGAAGUUGUUCUUAGCGAUAGCUCUACUUGGUGCAGCCGUGACCAAUUCCUACCAGAAAUCAUCUCCCUGUCCGCAGGUUUUCAGCUACGACGAACAGGAAGACUCGACAGACACGUGGUACGGGACGCUCCGACUAAAAACUGCCGUGCCGCUACACGGUAUUUUCAUUGAUGUAAUCUUCGAUGCGCUGGUGUUCGUGUUCGGAGCAUACUUCAAAGAUGUAACAACCAAAGACAAUUUGCAUUUCCAUAUCGAAGAUAAAACGUACAGGUUGAAUGCCGGUGAAACGCUUAUUUUAAAAUUUUACGUCAAACAUACCGAUUACGGAAGAGUGCCGUUGCUACGUCAAGUACGAUUUAAUGGGCAAAAUAUUUGCGUGGACUUACCAACUCUCAAACCAGCAACCGCUCCACAUCGUAGCGACUCAUUCGAUCGACCGGUCAUAUAUCCGGAUGAUGCCGCCAGGCGGAAAGCUACUUCGAGCACCAGUGAUAACAAGCAUGAUAAUACUCGGGAACAUUCUGUACAACCAAUUAACUCAGUACUUCAUCAUAAUUCGGAGAUCUCUGAUACUAACUCAUACUCUUCUACUGUCCUUACUGACAACUCGACUAACUCAUCUGGCUCUUUUUAUUCAAAUGCCGGUUCGGUUGUAGAUCAUCCGGAAUCUCAGAAAAAUCCCGUUAGUGUAGUAUCAAGAUUUUCAGAUAAAUCUAACGCAUCUAAUGAGUCUAAUGGUGGCAACAGGAAACGACCGUAUCCAGAGAAACACGACAGCUACGAUCCAAUCCAAGAUCCAACAAUUUGGAGAAAGCCUCCCACCAACUCGUCGUAUUUAACUUCCACUUCGAGAACAGUUAGACAACCUGUCCCCAGCUACGAGGAAUCAAACGGCAACGUUUUUCGGUCCAGCAGUAGCAAGCCAUUGGUGAAAAAUGAAGAUUCCCGGACCACAACCGGAUCCUCAGCAUUCUUUCGGGGUGAUCGUACAAUCCCAACAACAACAACCGCCAAAUCGGCUUACUUUCAAGGAGAUUACGCCUUCAUCCAGAAUGUCGAAUCAUCGACUCAUUACAUCAACUCGUACGACGAAAACAUCUGCGGCACUGUAGUGCCGAAAGCGAAUCCUCUCGUAACGCAUGGAACACCGACCCGGAGCGCACAGUUUCCCUGGCACGGAGCUCUGUACCGAUCAUCCGUUACGGAACUUAAAUAUCUUUGCGGUGCAACUCUGAUCGCUACUCGAUUCGCUUUAACCGCAGCCCAUUGCGUGACACUGGAGAAAAGUCGACGCCCAGUGGAGUCCUCCAGUCUUCUGUUGUACCUUGGCAAAACCAAUCUCAAACGAUGGACAGGACCGGAGCAGGAUGCCAAAAUCGAGCAGGUUUUGGUUCAUACAGACUACAACUACGAACGUUUCUUCGCCGAUAUCGCCCUGUUGAAGCUAAAGGAUGACGUAAAGUUCAAUAAUUUCGUACGACCAGCAUGCCUGUGGAACUUUGACGAGGACUACAAGAUGCUGAUCAACAAGGUUGGGUACGUUCCGGGCUGGGGCUACAACGAGCGGGGACUAGUCAGUGAGGACCUAUCGUUUGCUCAGAUGCCAGUUGUGGCUCACGAAACGUGCAUCUGGUCCAAUCGGGAUUUUUUCAGCAAAGUCACUUCGGAUACUUCCUUCUGUGCAGGGUUCAGGAACGGAACUUCCGUUUGCAACGGUGACAGCGGUGGUGGAAUGGUUUUCAAGCAAAACAACCGGUGGUUUUUAAGGGGAAUCGUUUCAGUUAGUGCCGCUCUACAGAAUAAAGUUAGCUGUGAUCCCAGCCAUUACGCGGUAUUCACUGAUGUCGCGAAAUUUCAAGAGUGGAUCAGGAGUUAUAUGUAGUCGAGUUAGUAAUUAUAAUUACUUAAUUAUAGUUUGAAGAUCAUCAUUAAAUAAAACUGAUUAUGAUAAAAGCUUACACUGAA